GAUAUCGAUAUCUAAUGAGCUCUCUACACCGGUACAAGACGAAGAACACCAAAAAUGUCUCCGGUUGCACGAUAUUUUUACAGCUUGUAUAUUUGACGCACGUAGACUGGACUGCUACUCACGUGGACCGAACUGUGGCUCCAAUUGACUUUUGGACCACAAAACACAUCAACCCAAUCACGUGUACAUCAACCCACCAACCCACUAUAUAAGUAAAGGUUAUGUCUAUUUACUAAGCAUUUUUAUCAAACCCCGUUUUACUGUUACCUACAUCAAAUGGACCCUUACCAAAACUUCAACCCUUUUGAAACAAGUCCUCAAAAAUCCCCACCGCAUCCUUUUUCUUCCACAAGACCCGUAGGUACACCGUCACGGAGUCCAAGACUCCGUUCAGCGUCCAUGUCAGGAUGUCCUAACUGUGCAAGGCUCGAGUCUGUUCUCCACGAACACGAAAAAAUUAUAAAGAAGGCUCAUUUACGAGCCACGGAGGCCAAGCAAGAGUCAUACAAACUCGCGGAACAUCUGUACCAUUCAGUCCACGCCAUGCAAGAAGCCAACACUUCAAGAGAAAAAUUAGAGGGUAUCAUGGAUGACAUUCUCGACUACACCGAGGUGUCCAUUCCCCACUACCCACUUCAUGUGAAACAAGAAUCACCAAGCACUACUCCAAGAGAAAGCCCUUCACGACCAAAGUCCCCGUUCAGAGACAAUAACCCUCCGUCUCAAAGGAAGUUCCCUCAAGUUAUAGAACUUGAUUGAACAUCCGUUCGG